CCAGUUCUUCGCCAAUCAAUUCCUCACGGGCCGUGUUUGUUUUAAGUUAAAAUUAGUAAAUUACCCAAUGCAAUCAACUUGCCAGCCAUUUUGGAGUGCGGACCUUGACAAUCGAGUGCUAGAGCAAUCCGGGAAGAUGCCGAAAACCUGCGGGCGUUGAAAAAUCGCUGUGAAUCGCGCCAAAUGCAAUUUUAACACCAGCAGCAACAACAACAAGGCAACGACACCAACAAAAAAAAAAAUAAUAACAACAAAUCAUCAGAAGAAACCGAGGAAAAACGUUCAAAGUUUUUGGAGUUGCUCACUGGCCGCUUCGUUUUUUGUUUAUUUUUUAUGUUCGUUUUUGGAGGGCAGUAGGCGACGGGCAGGAAAAGCAAAAAGGAAAAGCGCCCGGCACGAAAAAGCAGGACACAACUCAUCAAUAUUCGAAAAAGCAAUUGAGUCGAGGCAUCAAUUCAUCAAUUAUUCAAAAUGACCGAAGACGAAAUUCUCUUUGACGACGUCUACGAGCUGUGCGAGGUCAUUGGCAAAGGACCUUUCUCCAUUGUAAGGCGAUGCAUACACAGGGAGUCCAAUCAGCAGUUUGCUGUCAAAAUCGUUGAUGUGGCCAAGUUCACAGCAAGUCCUGGACUGAGCACAGCGGAUCUGAAGCGCGAGGCCACAAUAUGUCACAUGCUGAAGCAUCCGCACAUUGUCGAGCUGCUGGAGACCUACAGCUCCGAGGGAAUGCUCUACAUGGUGUUCGAGUUCAUGGAGGGCUCCGACUUGUGCUUCGAGGUUGUGCGGCGGGCUGUUGCCGGUUUUGUCUACAGCGAGGCGGUUGCCUGUCACUAUAUGCGCCAAAUCCUGGAGGCGCUGCGCUAUUGUCACGAGAACGACAUCCUGCACAGGGACGUGCGUCCCGCCUGCGCCCUUCUAGCCACGGUCGACAACUCGGCGCCCGUGAAACUUGGCGGCUUCGGUUCGGCCAUCCAGUUGCCCGGCACCCGGGAAACCAUAGAAACACACGGACGCGUGGGAUGUCCGCAUUACAUGGCGCCGGAGGUGGUGACCAGGCGGCUCUACGGCAAGGGAUGCGAUGUCUGGGGUGCCGGCGUGAUGCUGCACGUUCUGCUCUCCGGCCGAUUGCCCUUUUUGGGCUCUGGAGUGCGGUUGCAGCAGUCGAUAGCUCGCGGUCGGUUAUCGUUUGAGGCACCUGAAUGGAAGUCUAUCUCGGCCAACGCUAAGGAUCUAGUCAUGAAAAUGCUGGCCGCAAAUCCCCAUCACAGACUCUCCAUCACCGAGGUGCUCGAUCAUCCCUGGAUACGGGAUCGGGAUAAACUACAGCGCACUCACCUGGCGGACACGGUGGAGGAAUUGAAGCGCUACAAUGCCCGACGCAAGCUAAAGGGUGCUGUUCAGGCCAUCGCCGGAGGCACCAACAUGGAUCCGCUUUACGCCACCGAUGCGGACAUGCCCAUAGCCGGUGCCACGGACGAGUGGGCCGACGAGGAGGCGGGCAUCGAGGCGGUGCAGCGCAUCCUGGACUGCCUGGACGACAUCUACUCGCUGCAGGACGCGCACGUGGACGCCGAUGUGCUGCGGGACAUGCUGCGCGACAGCAGGCUGCACCAGUUCCUGCAGCUGUUCGACCGGAUCGCGGCGACCGUGGUGACCAGCAAUGGACGAGCACCGGCUGCCGAGGCCGUCGGGCGAUGUCGCGAUGUCCUGGAGCAGCUCUCGUCGACGGCCGGCGGCAACUCACUGGGCGGCAAGUAUGCCAAGGACGAGCUGCUGCAGCUCCUGGCCGCCCCCCACAUGCAGGCUCUGCUCCAUAGCCACGAUGUGGUGGCCCGGGAUGUCUACGGGGAGGAGGCGCUGCGCGUCACCCCGCCCCCGAUGGUGCCCUACCUCAAUGGCGACGAGCUGGACAACGUCGAGGGCGGCGAGCUGCAGCAUGUGACCCGGGUGCGACUGGUGCAGUUCCAGAAGAACACGGACGAGCCCAUGGGCAUCACGCUGAAGAUGACCGAGGACGGGCGGUGCAUUGUGGCCAGGAUUAUGCACGGCGGGAUGAUUCAUCGCCAGGCAACGCUGCACGUGGGCGACGAGAUACGGGAGAUCAACGGCCAGCCGGUGCAGCACCAGUCGGUUGGCCAAUUGCAACGAAUGCUGCGCGAGGCACGCGGUUCUGUUACCUUCAAGAUAGUUCCUUCGUACCGCAGCGCUCCGCCCCCCUGCGAGCUUUUCAGGAUCAGACCCGCUCCGGUGCUUAUAUUCGUGCGCGCCCAAUUCGAUUAUAAUCCGCUGGAUGAUGAGCUUAUACCCUGCGCCCAGGCGGGCAUAUCGUUCCAAGUGGGCGACAUACUGCAGAUCAUUAGCAAGGACGAUCAUCAUUGGUGGCAGGCGCGACUGGACACGGUGGGCGGAUCGGCGGGACUGAUACCGUCGCCGGAGCUGCAGGAAUGGCGGAUCGCCUGCCAGACGGUCGACAAGACCAAGCAGGAGCAGGGAGAACCGGGUGCUGGAUGUUCCGCUCACGCAGAUGGGUGUGAUGGAUCAGCAGUUAACUGCUCCAUCUUCGGGCGCAAGAAGAAGCAAUGCCGGGACAAAUAUCUGGCCAAGCACAAUGCCAUCUUCGACACGCUCGAUGUGGUCACGUACGAGGAGGUUGUCAAGGUGCCAGUUGGGGAUCCGAACUUCCAGCGCAAAACGCUGGUGCUCCUGGGUGCUCAUGGGGUGGGCAGGCGGCACAUCAAGAACACCUUGAUAUCGAAGUACCCCGACAAGUACGCCUAUCCCAUACCACAUACAACGAGACCUGCCAAGCCCGAGGAGGAGAACGGACGCAGCUAUUACUUUGUCUCGCACGAUGAAAUGAUGGCGGACAUCGGUGCGAAUGAGUACUUGGAAUACGGCACCCACGAGGACGCCAUGUACGGCACUAAGUUGGACACUAUCCGGCGCAUUCACACCGAGGGCAAGAUGGCCAUAUUGGAUGUGGAGCCGCAAGCCCUGAAGAUACUCCGCACCGCCGAGUUCACGCCCUACGUGGUGUUCAUAGCGGCGCCCUCGCUGCAGAACAUAGCAGAUUACGACGGCAGCCUGGAGCGACUGGCCAAGGAGUCGGAGAUGCUGCGCCAGCUGUACGGGCACUUCUUCGAUCUGACGAUUGUGAACAACGACAUCAGCGAGACGAUUGCCACGCUGGAGACGGCCAUCGACCGGGUGCACACCACCCCGCAGUGGGUGCCCGUGUCCUGGCUGUACUGACAAGACAGCGAACUGGAAUGCCCCGACUGCCUCGAGGGCUGCGACUGCGAGUGGGACGCCUACACGCAGGCCUCCAACGUGGCGCUCUACUGAGGCAAAUACACGAAACGAAGAUGCAGAUACACGCCACAUCACCACAACACACCAUUAAAGUAUUACCAAGGCACAAAAGCAACAGCAACUGAAGAAAACAGCAGAACAGCAUCCACUACGGGAGAUGAUGACAGUGAGGAUUGUAGGACUGGAGGACUGGAGGACUAGAGUACUGGAAGAUAGAAGGCGCCUGGCGCCGAGCUAUAUAAUUUAAGAGUAGAUGGGUAUUAUGGGAACUGCGGUCGCAACGCAAAGACAAAAAGUGUGUUAAUUGACAGACAACCAUUUGUAUUUGCCUCUAUAUUUGUUUUUUGUUUUAACUAUACGUUUAUAUUGUAUUAAUUUUAACCGAUUGUAUUUGCCAUUCCAUGCUCAUUGUGUUAUAUUGUACGAUUAUUGUUUUGUUGUAUUGUUUGUAUUCAGCAUUUAGUCAAAACAGCAUUAAACGCUUAUGUAAAUCUUGCACUUGUUAGUGUCUAAGUUAACUGGAGUUAGACAAAUCGAACCGAAGCACUCCAAAUUGUUUUUACUCAAAGAUUAUUUCCGGUAAGAGUCUUGUGUGCAGAUAGGGCGUUGAACGAGUUAGUAAAUUAUAGAGAAAACUACGUAAUUAAAUAUAAUUAAACAUAGACACAAGGAGACACAGCAGCAAAAAGAACACGAAGAACAGAGAAUAAUAAACAAAUUACGAUGUGAGCAAUUUCAAGUGUUUCAAGCCAAGUAAGAACUAAUUAAUUACAUAUGGAAGAUCAAGUCAGGACAGUGGUAAAGUGCACGUUUUAAAUGCAAUAUACAUAAAGAAAAGGUAACAGAAAAAACCCAAAAAAAAUAUAAUUAAUUCAGAUCACAACACCUACACACGCGGAGGAGAAAGAAAAAACAUAUAAAACCAAAAUACCAAAUUGUUGACGUUUAAUUGAAUUCAAUGAGAAAUGAGUAAGCCACAAAAAAUGCAAUCAAACAUAAUAAAACAAAAAUGAAAUAAUAUUAAUUGCAGCCGCGUUUAAUUCAAGCAAAAGCAAAGUAAACAAAUGGAAAAAAACAUAGAGUGAGCACAAAAACACACACUAACUGCAAUUACGAAUUAAUAUAAUUAGCAAAAAGGUGAGGAGAUUGCAGGUCAACGCAAAACAGGCAGAUAACAUAUAAAUAUAUGACAAAAAACAAGAAGAAAGUAGGAAAUCGAGGAAGUAUGUAUACACAACACAUAUAUAUAUUUUUCGAACAACUCAAACUCAGGUUGGAUACAUUGAAAAUCAGUCAAGUUCAAUAAGAAUAAUAUAGCGGAGCGCUUCCUUUUAACCCACAGCCAAAAACGAAAACCAAACAAGGUGACCCAAACCGAAUCGAAUGAGAUCUCUUAAGUCGCUUUGAAUUGAAUUGAAUUGAAUUAAUCGUACACCCACAGGCCCAGUAACCACCCAAGCAGCAGCUUCAAAUUUUCGAGAUACUUUACAAUGACACCGACAAACUGUCUUAGCAAUCAAGAAACCUGGCAUUUUUUUAGUGCAGCUUCAUAAUCAGCAACCAGCGCUCAGUAAUUUCGCUUUUUCCCCCAAAUAUAGAUCCCUAUGAUAGGAGAUAUAGGAGAGGUUCAGAACAUUUUGAAUUAGCUUCCCUCACAUAGAGCUUCUGAGAUGGACGAAAACAGAAUUUAGAGCACAACUACGGAGUGUAAUUGGGAUAGGAAAAUCGAGAAUAGAACACACUUGAGAUCGAACUUAGUAUUAAAUCGAACACAUUUGUAAACACGUGCCACGCAAUUCUCUAGCUGUCCCCCAGAACAAUUUAAGCCUGAGCUUAAUUCGAGCCCAACAACCACACGACCCACUUGAAUUUCCCAACCGCACACCACACAAGAAUUACAUACUUAUAUCCAGAACAAUUCUAUGGUUUCAAAAUGGUUGAACAAUUUUGCAUAGAGUAUUAUCGUUAGACGCUGGGCUAUAACUUUUCGGUUCUGAGCGUGGAAGGAGAUAGCAGGAGAGGCAAUGCAAAUCAUAGAAGUAUCCCAAAAAAAGAACAACCGAACCUACCCGAAAAAACUGAAGAACUAACUACCUACCCACAACCACAAACGCAGCCAAGUGGCCAAAUUAACUAAGUAUUAUACCUUAAAGCGAACGAACGGGACGAGACGAGACGAUAUGAUAUGAUAUGAUAGGAGGAACCUUAUAAAGAAAAUAACGGCUGGAGAUGGAGAUGGAUGUAUGUACAUUUUGAAGCUCCCCCAGACAAAAGCUGGAUGUGCCAGAAAACACCAAAAAUGAAGAAAUGAUUAGGAAAAGAAUGCUCAAAUCAAAAUCUUAUAUUUUACGGUUUAUAACCAUGAUUAGGAACGAUUGAACAGAAUUGAAUGAGGGGGAAGACCGAUAGAGAGUAUCCCGAGAUUGAGCUAGGAUUUUGAAGGACUCGUUUCGUACUUUUACUUGAUCCUUUUUUUCUUAGCCGAUGCGAGCAGAUUGUAGCUGUACUCUAAGAAUUAUUUCACACUAAGAUUAAGUAAAAAUUUAUUGUUGAUAUUACAUAAAAAAGAAAAGAAAAAAGAAAUGAGAUGAACAUGGUCACGUAAACCAAAUGAAUUAGAAUUUUUCUCUAAUUUCAUAAGUCAAUGAUGAUAUGAUACUGAGGGUAAUGAUGGUGAAGAUGAGUUGAAAUGCUUAUGAUCUCCAAUGUCAAUAUGUGUAGAUUGACGCGAUUUGAGCUAAUUGAGUGAAUUGUUAUUAAAAUAAUAAAUGAAAUGAAAUGAAAUGAAA